AUGAGAUGUUGUAGAAGAGCAACAUACGACGUUCUUUCAAGAAUUGGAAUAGUAGUUUGUGAGUGGCAAUUAAGACAACGUCUGGGAAAUCUUAGGCAGAUCGCCAAGACAAAGAGAAUGAGAGGAGCACCACGUGGACCUCCAAAUGACGCGGCAAAACGCGUGAUUAGAAGCGAGACGCAUCCUUUGCCGGUCUCCUGGCUCGGUAAUGCUGAAGAUACCUUGCUACGGGGAGUGGGCCUGAGCAUGGCACCCGGCAAAAGACUGCCGAAUGGAGGCCGUGAUGGCAGUGUCUAUUUGCGGAGUUUGGACAAGGAUCUCGAGCAUUUUUAUGAUAAGACCUCCAGGGCAGAUGGACGACAGACGGCCCCUAGAAUAAACGGAUCCUAUACUAGAUGGCCAAUUUUUGCUAGUCCUAAUAUAUAUACCUCUUCCUUUUUUUCUAUCUUUCGUCCUAGGUAGGUUUGCUCCACCACAAAUAGUGAUGGCACUUAAAACAACCGGUUCGUUUUCUCUCUACUAACCUUCGAGGCUUAUCCACCCUUCAUGCAAUUUAUGGUCAUGAAAUGUACAACUUAGUUGCACUAGAAUGCUUCUCAGUCAGUCAGUAUUACUUACUACAUCAGGACUCUCGCCAUCUAAUCCACGCGCACUGGCGAAAACGUUCACCUCGUAGUAUGCCUUCUUUCGCCUUCAGAGCUUUCCUGUCUGGGCGUACGCAUUAACGAUUAUCGCCGUUGCUGCCAAACUCUAGGUGUGCAGUUGGAUGAGUCUCUAGCUACAGUAGAAAUGGCCGCUUUUUCUGACCUGGAAGCGGUGCAUGCGGCUUGUAGAACUAUGGCAGAGGUGUUAGGGAGGAAGAGCGGCUUUUCCAGUACGAAGAAUCUUGAAAGAAGCGUUGUUCCUGCAGACCAAAGCAAGGCCAUCAAGAUGAACACGAGGACGAAUGUUGACCUUGUCAGCGGUCUCAGUGAUGCAGAAAGAGUAGAUGAAGUAGUUUCUUCAUCAAAGCCCCCUUCUUCGUCUGACGAGGAACGGUUCACGACAGCGUCAUCGCAAGCUGCUACCUCCGAUGAAGAUGGCGCAUUUGCUAGUUGUGCUGAGGACACGUUCAAGGGAGACGAGGAACUAGUACUAAAGGUAGACCUCCAGGUAAAAAUAGAUGGUGGUCAAUGCAAGACAGAGACAGUGACAGAGGUGGAAGACCUCAAGAACACCAAUCCCGUGCCAACAACUGAGGGAGGAGAGGAAAAUAGGAUUGAUGCCUCUCAGCAGGAAAAGUCCUUGGUCGAGCACUCGCAGAAAGACAAGAAAAUCCUUAUCCAUUGUCGUGGAGGAUUAGGACGUACGGGGACCUUGGCUGCAUGUCUCUGGCUUUUUCUGCGUCUUCUUACUACGCGGAGUUUGCCAAAGAGUAAAGAAGCUAUAGCUGUGAUACGAGGAUUUCGACCAGGCAGCAUUGAAAGUCGAAAACAAGAGGACUGCGUCGCAGCUUUUAGAAAGUAUUCCUAUUGUUCUUUACAACUUAAAGUAUGUUGGAAAGUAGUAAGUUGUACAACCCCUAUGCAGUAGAGAUUGUAUUCUUGAAGGCAACUUCUACAACACCACCACAGAUUUCUCUUGACCAGAGGACUGGCGGCGCCGCCUUCUGCGCCAUCGACUGCGCCUCUGGAGCGAUCCUGCGUGGCGGAGGACAACAAGCCUUCAAACAUCAUCGAUAGAGGAGAUGACACUGCUCAGCCGGUUCCCACAAGGAGCUCUUUGCCAGCGGAUGCACAAGCUGCAUCUUCAGUCGUUCUCACAGAACAAGCAUUUUCACUUGUUCCACCAGAACAAGCAUCUUCACUUGUUCCACCUUCAGUUCUUGUACCCUCAAGACCCUCCUCUCGCGGCGCACUAGGCGCGCUGCGUACAAGGCCUAACUCGAAGACCACGACAACGAGUAUGAGUGUGAACAACCUGACUUUCGCUGGUGUCUUGGAGAUAGAGAAUCAACAUAGUAGUUCUCCGACUAAAGCACCCUUCAGGACUGCGCCUUUUCUAGGCUCGUCUCCGCUCCUUCGUUCCCUAUCAAGACAACGAGGAGGAAGACAGAAAUCUCCGAACAAGGUGUUGGACUCUUCUUCUACCUUGCGACAGACUGGAGGUCGUGGUGGACAGCAGUCGUUGACCAUGUCGAUCCGGGGCAACACUUCCACACUGUAA